AAACCAAUGGGCGAGAUGUGAAAUACAGACCUACACAACAACACUGAUUACUCCUGCCUGCUGCUGCCAAAAGCUGCAGAGAUGGAGGCUCUCUCUGAGAAUAAACCCUCAUAUCAUCUGUCCACUGGUGGUCCCGCACAGCUCAGCCCCGCCCGCCCUGUGAGCUCCACCAGGACGCGGCUCCUCUCUGCAGUCUGCAGUCAGUCCAGAGGAGCACACUACUGCAGUCUCUACCACUCCUCCUCCUCUUCCUCCUCUUCCUCCUCCUCCUCCUCCCUGCGCUCCCCUGGCAGGUGGAAAGGACAAGUAGACGGGGCUGGGACAAUGGCUUUCCUCUCAGUCUUUGCUGUGUUGGCUCUAGUGGUCUGUGCUGAAGCAACUGUUGGACCGAGCACCAACAAGAGCUUCUGCACCGAGUCAAAGGAAUGUCUGGAAUAUGAGCUGGUCUGCAAAACAGACGAAUAUGAGGUGCGACACUACAGCCCCACUCGCUGGGUGUCCACAGACGCUGAAGCUUAUUUCAUGGGUGUGGGAGCAGCCAUGGCCUUCAGAAGACUCUUCCAGUACAUCACCGGAGCCAAUGAAGGAGGUAUCCAGAUGGAGAUGACCGCCCCUGUCCUGGUUAAGAUCCCAGAGGAGACGAAGAUGUGGGAGCCAGCCGUCUACACGCUCAACUUCCCUCUGCCGUCAGCGUAUCAGGAGAAGCCUCCCACACCCACCAAUGACAAGCUGUACUUCACCGAGAUGCCAGAGAUGGACGUGUAUGUGAGGAGCUAUGGAGGCUGGAUGCUGUCAGUCACCUCCAGGCUUCACGCCCACCUUCUGACCAAAGAGCUGGAGAGAGUUCGAGCUGCUUACAAUCACAGCUUCCACUACGGAGUCGGCUAUGACAGUCCAUUGAAGCUGUUGAACAGGCACAAUGAGGUGUGGUACGUGGCUGAGGGGGAGCCAGUCUGCACAGAUCCACAAGAACCGACCCCCCCACACACACCCAGACCCACUCUCACCCACUUACCCACAGACUCAGCCUCUGACCCUCUCCCACACACCCUCUCUGACUCCCCUUACCUCACUCCCUCCAACCUCUCCUCCACAUCCAACUCCUCCUCCUCUCAAGCCCCAUCUGACACACCAGCCCUCCCGACCUCUGACACUCCACCCAGCCCUUCAUCCAACCUGUCCGCCGAGGCCGUGUUCAGCAACCCCCCCACCUCCGCCCAGAUCCUGCUGGACCUGACCACCAACUCCUCCGAUCCGGUCUCUGUGAGCCCGUCCCUGGAGCCUCAGUCUGACGCUGCCCUGUGGAACAGCACGGCACCCCACAGCUCUGUGGACACACAGGCCGACAGUAACCCCGUGGUCGAGCCGGAUAACGCUCAUUAGUAUUAGCAUCAGCAGGCAAGUGUGAUUCAAGCAGCUCUUCCAGCUUUGCACCUGCAGCUUCCUGUAAGCAAACACAUCCCUGUUACCUGUCCACUGUCGUCCUGAAGUGAUCACACGGCUGCAUCAAAACGUAAAGUUACAUGUCUGUCUUAGUUAGAGAGUUAAAGCUCAAGUUUCAUCACUGUACAGUAUUAUAUCCACUGCUGAUUUGAUUCAGUUUAGUGCUCCUUAUGAAGAUGAGGCAACUUCCAAGCCCACUUAACAACAUCAGUUUACAUCAGCUCACAAAUCUUUAAACGAAAGGAGAAAAUACACAGAUAUGUGUGUCAGAGGAUGUAUUAGUGUGCAUAUUGUAAAGUUGAUGACAUGGAUCAAUGUAUUCACUUCGUAUCAAUGUCAAUGAAUCAUUGAUUAUCAAAUGAAUAUAUCGGUCUUUCAUCACUAGAUUCAUAGACUAACCUUGUUGGGCUUCAAUGUAAAUUAUUGGCUGAUAUAUCAGAGGAAACAUCCCGGUCAUCAUGUGUUUUAUUGAGUUUGAUGCAGUUCUAAGUGAUUAUCCAAAGCCCUCUGUCCGUAUUUUAAGGCCAUGACAUCCUCCAAGCUUCUACUCUCUGUUAAAGCUUCAUGUUAGUUCAUUUCAAGAUACUGUCUGUGGUGAGUUGUUAUUUAAUCAGAACGCACAUUCGCUGGGAUCUUUGGUGCAGCCUUAAACCUCUGUGUGCAUGCCUCUUUAAGGUAUUUAGUGUUCGUCAAGUCAAUUUAAAAGUGCCUGUUGAAACAUUCGCUCUGUCGUUCGCUAGACUUUUUGUCUUGAUAUUUUAAACCAGCUUUCAGGAAACUACAGUUACAGAUUUAAUCAGAUAUCCCUCAAUUAAAUAAACAUAUUUAGUACGGUAACAGAAACUUGGAUCAUGACCGAAGGGGUGUUAAUAACACAACGUGCUCAGUAACAGAAAAUAGUAGUUUAUUUUUUGUCUCCAUUUUUUGGUUUAAAGCGAAAAAAAAAAGCAAUACAAGUGUAGCAUCUUUGAAUCAGUAAACUUAAAUUCUGAUGCUCUUUAAACAAAUGGUCCUUAAAUUUAAAGGUAACAAAUUAGCCUAUUUUUUCAGCUAACUAAAACCAAAGUAAUUUGUAUUUUUUGUCUCAGAUAAGAGAAAGAUUCACCUGCAUAUGGACAACUUAAGUUUUCUGUCAGUAAAAAAACAUUAAUGUAUCAAAAUCUAAGAAGUUAUUCUCCCUAAAUCUUUUAAUCUAUGAUAUUCAUGCAUCCCCAAAUAAUGUCCAAAGGCAUCCUGCAGAGUUUUGACCACUAGAGGCACUGCAGAGCAGAAACUGUACAUGAUGUGAGGUCAUGGCUGAUAUGAGGUGUAACAUCAAUGCUAAAGCAGUGACAGUCGUUGGGAAUAGCAUGUCAGAGCAGGUAGAAGUGUUCUGUUCAAGAAAACAAAAAAGACAGGAAUAUUUGGCCUUCUUCAUGAGGAGUGGCUUGUGAUCAAAUUAUUAGGCCUGAAGGAUACAAACAGAAACCUUUAGUCUUAAUUUGUUGGGACUCAGUUGAAUGAUGGUCUGUUUUGUUGACUUUAGAAAAGUCGGAUUUUGAGAGAGGUAAGAGUGCCCCAAAGAUCCCAAACAAUCCCACCUGAUAAACCAAUGCAAUACGAGUAACACCUGUAAUUAAAUGACUUUCUCUGUCCAUGUGUAUCUGAGCUACAUGCUGUAUGAUCUGAGGAAGGUGCAAUAAAAACCAUAACAAACUAA